AAUGGGGGAAGGGUGCACGCUCGGAGGCUCCCCGCGACCCCCCCUCCUCCCCGCCCUAGGGUCCUCUCCCCUCGGGAUUCCGAGUCGUGGGCCCCGGAGGGCCCGAUUGUCCCCGCGCGGGGGAUAAGGGGGGCAAGGACGCGGCGACCUAUGUUAGGGACGGACGUCUCCAGGGCGACGGGCUCCGCACAAGAUGGCGGACGAUAAAGAAAAGGAAGGCCCAGAACUGGUAAUAGCAGAACUUCACAAAAAAAUCAAAGACGCUUUUGAAGUGUUUGAUCAUGAGAUGAAUAAUACGGUGGAUGUGAGAGAGAUUGGAACUAUCAUCCGGUCAUUAGGAUGUUGUCCUAGUGAGGGAGAGCUUCACGAGCUGAUUGCAGAGGUAGAGGAAGAAGAACCCACUGGAUAUAUUAGAUAUGAAAAGUUUCUUCCAGUGAUGACCAGCAUACUGCUGGAAAGAAGAUACAGACCAAUUCCAGAAGAUACCCUUCUUCGAGCUUUUGAGGUAUUAGAUCCAGCUAAACGCGGGUUUCUUUCUAAGGAAGAACUGAUCAAGUAUAUGACUGAAGAAGGUGAGCCUUUUUCUCAGGAGGAGAUGGAGGAGAUGUUGUCUGCUGCCAUUGAUCCAGAAUCGAAUUCCAUUCAUUACAAGGACUACAUAACAAUGAUGGUGAUAGAUGAAAAUUAAACACCCCAAAGACUUAAUUUCUAAUUGAAAGGAUCAUUCUGAAAAUUGCUUGUCCUUGUUAAUUUCUCAUUUUAUCUACCAUUCCUACAUAUGCUAAUUAAUGCCUCAUGACAACUAUUUCAAGAUACUUUGUUUUUUAAAAGAUGAUCAUAAGAAUUUAAAACAAGUUUAUUUGAUAUGUUUUGCCUUGUGGAAUGACAAAUUACUAAUUAUUUUAAAACUAUUCUUAAAACAUUUUAACAUGUCCAUAGAUUUUUGUUAAAUUUCUAUAAUAAAACCUAGGUUACCUUCAAAUUAAUUAAGCUGACAAAAUGAAAAAUGACUAGAAUAAGCCUAGGUUUGGCAUAUAGAGAUCUUGGGAGGUAGCAGAAUGACCACAGAUUGAAAAGGAAUAGCAGUGUGAUGAAAGCUUCUUUUUAAAACAACAUUAGCCCUGGGCGGGUAGCUCAGUUGCUUAGAGCGUCAUCCCAAUAUGCCAAGGUUGAGGGUUCCAUACCUGGUCAGGACACAUACAAGAAGCAACCAAUGAAUGCAUAAACUGGUGGAACUACAGAUUGAUGUUCUUGCUCUCCCUUACUCUCUCUAAAAUCAAUAAAUAAACAUUUUAAAAACUUAUUUAAGAAAUAA